GUUGUGCUUGUAAGAUCUAGCAAGAGCAUCAAGGCAGCAGAUCUAUUGCCAUCCAAUAUCGGCCGCGCAUCACGAGUGCAUGCGCUCAUCAACGCAUUUGGGCUGCAGCAGAAGCUCACAGUCAUCGCGCCAGUGCCGCUUACAAACAGGGAACUAGAAGACUUUCAUUCGGAAGACUACAUCAACUGCCUGCUUUCCACAGGCGAUGGUGAUGGCGAGAGUCAGCUAGCCGAGUACGGGCUCCUCGACGACUGCUACAUGUUUGAUGGGGUCGAGCAGCAUGUGCGGUAUGCAGCCGGUGGGACUGUGAGUGCGGCCCGGUGUCUGGCGAACGGAGACGCAGGUGUGGCAGUACAUUGGGAGGGCGGUCGCCACCAUUGCAAGCGCGAGCAGGCGUCAGGGUUCUGCUAUGUCAAUGACAUAGUGCUUGGAAUUCUCGAACUCAACAAGACGUUUUCGCGUGUUCUGUACGUCGACAUGGACCUACACCAUGGUGAUGGGGUCCAGGAUGCGUUUUUGUACAGCAGCAGGGUUAUGACGCUGUCGCUGCACCACUAUGAUCGUGGAUUCUAUCCAAACACCGGGGCAAACGAUGAGUCCUUCUUGCAGGCAUUUGAAGAGGCAACGGGUCUCGCCAGGUCUGCGGAAGCGACGGGACUAGCUGGCGACCCUUACAAAAUCUUCAACCUUACCACCGACGCGCCUGUGCUGGGCUGGGGCAUUCCGACGCUCUUGCUGGGUGGAGGUGGGUACAGCUCAGUCAACUGCGCCCGAUGCUGGACGCGACUCACGGCCAUUGCUUGCGGUCAAGACAUUGAUGUCUCCGCAGAUAUUCCGGACCACGAGUUCUAUGAGGAGUAUGUGCCCGUGUUCACUAUGGCCAUCGACAGGCGCCUUGUCCCCGACGAGAACACGCCUGAAUCCAUUUCUAGCACCAUCGACCAGAUCAGGUCGUCGCACCACUAGCCCAGCAGCUUGCCAUCCGAGAGCCGAGCCGCGACUCUGCAAGCGAAAAAAAGGCCCCGGCUCUACAAAAUUCGAAUAUUUUUAUGUAGUUGCGUGGACAAACACUUCCGUGCUGCCUCAAUUCGUUUUCCGUUUUGAUUCAAACAAU